UGAGCUUGUACAAGCUGAGUGGCGACAAGAUGAACUCAUGAAGUCAUUUCCUCAAGCAAUUGCAAUUGAAACAGAAGGAGAGGGAGUUUUCAGAGCGGCACGUGAUCUGAACAUGAAGUGGGUCGUUAUCAGGGGUAUUUCAGGGUAUGCAGAUGGAACUGAAGCAAACGAAAACUGGCAAACAUUUGCAAGUGUAGCAGUAGCUUCUCUUGUAGUCAGCAUUCUAAACCGAUACAGUUUUUUUAAAGAUUGGCCACAUUAUGAAGUCGCAAAUUCAGUUCCCUACUACGUACAGGCGAGGGGACCAGUGGGACUAGAAGCAUACAGAAGAGCGCUGGAAGAAGGCGUAACUUUCGAUAGACGUACCAAAAUUGUGUUGAUUGGUCAGGACCGUGUUGGCAAAACAAGUCUGAGAAGAUAUCUCACAGGUGAAGCAUUUGUUAAAGAUGAACCCAGCACUAAUGGAAUUGAAAUGCUUUCCCCUGUCAGGAACGCAGGAAAAGGGGCAUGGAGGAAGCCAGACCCGCUUGAAAACACAAGUGCACUUGACCACAAGUGCGCGGAAGUGAUUGCACAAGAUGUGAUCAGCAGUCUCAUGAAACGACCAGAAGGGGCUGAACUGUUUACUGGUAAAGUAGAAAAGACGAGAGGCGAACCAAAAAGUGGAAAGGGGGCGACUCAAAAACGUUCAAAUGACCCCCCUGCUUCAAAAGAAGUCAUUGAAAAAAAUGGUAAGGUAAAGCUCGCUAUAGCCCUGACAUUAACUACCUUCUUUACAGAAUCAAGGUACUUUUUAACGACCGGAGAGGUUACUCGAGGCUGCUAA